CACUUAGAUUUGCCUACAACAGCAGGCCGUAACAGCAUUAUGUUUUGAAAAUUACUAUAAAUUAAGAUUAAACCAAAUUUGUAUCGCAAUGGAGACGAUAUUUCAGUUCUUCCGCACCAACUAUGUGCUGGCCAACUGCGAGAAUGCCAUCAUCAAGAAGGCCUUCACGUUGAAUCUCUCCCACUACCAAAUUUCCGAGGCGCCCGACAUCAUUGGCCAGUGCGAAAGUUUGUUGAAGCUCUUUCUGAAUCAGAACAAGCUGACAAAGAUUCCCUCUUCCAUUACCAAUCUCGUGCGCUUGCAAGUUCUUACUCUGGACUACAAUAAGCUGGACGAAUUUCCGCUCGCCAUCUGCCAAAUGAUGCAACUGAAGUUUCUCAACGUCAGCUGCAACAACAUCAGCCGCCUGCCCCCGGAAGUGGGGUGUCUAACCCAGCUGGAGGCCUUCUGGUGCAACAACACGGGGCUGCUAGAGCUUCCGUCGGAGAUCGGGUGUUGCGAGCGCCUCGAGACACUGGGAGUGCGCGGAAAUCAGCUGACAAAGCUACCCCCAUCGGUGGGCUCUCUCGCGUCACUGCGCUGGUUCACGGCCGAAGGCUGUCAGCUGAGCGAGGUGCCACUCUCAUUCGCAUUGUUGGCCAGCUUGGUGCACCUCAAUCUGAAAGGCAACCGUCUCACACGGAUACCAGGGGUGCUGAUGGCAAUGCAGAAGUUGAGGUUCGUAUUCCUCAAUGAUAACCUUAUCGACGAAAUGCCCACACGCUCCCAACUGCAAGAGCUGCGUUUUCUGGACAUGCUGAAUUUGAAGAGGAAUCCAAUUUGUCUUCAUGAAGCCUUGCAGCGAUUCGCAGUGCGUCAAACAAACAUCUACAUGGAACUGCCGGAUCACCUAAUGAAUGAAGCCGAGGAGAAUGCCGCUGCAUUUCCUGGCAGGGAUCAGACUCAGGACGGCCAGCCCGAGACUGAUGACACGGCGACGUCGGACUGGGCAAACAGCGCGCGAACCAGUGAACUGGACACGACGGACGAGAGCUCGUUGGAGGAUAAACUAGAAGAAGUCGGAAUGAUGUUGCCGGCAAUGUCGCGUUAUAUCACUUCCUUUUGAAUUGUAUAGUAUCAGCUUUUCAGUAUUACACAGCACGCAUAAAUGUGUUAUUUAUUGUUAA